AUGGACGGGAAAAGCGCCGCCUACGCGUCCAUCGUGCUGUCUAUCAGCGCCACGACGAUGAUCCUCCUUCUGGCGACGCGACUGUCGACAAAACUUGAUGAGAUUUCCGGAGAGAUCGAGCGAGACAUGCUCGAAUUCCGAGACAUGGAAAAACAGACCGCGUAUCACGUGCGCGUGGGUCGUUCCAUAAGACGCACCCACCCACGUCGUCAUCGUCAAGCCUCAGGCACCUGCCAGUGCAACGGCGAUAACAUUUGUCCGCCUGGACCACCCGGCGUGCCCGGUGAAGCAGGACUAGAUGGCGAUCCAGGUCUUCCAGGCGAACGUGGAGCGCCAGGAGGUCGAGGAAACUUACCCGGUGUAACCAUGGACCCGCGUGGACAAUGCAGAGCGUGCCCGAACGGUGACCCCGGCCCACCAGGCCCACCUGGACUGCCUGGAACUCCUGGCUCACCUGGACCAAAUGGAGCUGGAUGGGAGACAUCUUUACCUGGUCCACCGGGAGUACCUGGACAAGCUGGUGAGCCCGGUACACCUGGAGCACCUGGCAAAAAUGGACCUCCGGGUGAUCGCGGAAAUGAUGGAACGCUAGGAGGCAAAGGGCCCACAGGUCCACCUGGACAGCCAGGGGUUCCUGGCGAAGCCGGACCUGCUGGCCAACCUGGCCCACCAGGUGCAAGCUCUCUUGCAGGAGCGCCUGGACCCAGUGGACCUGAUGGACGACCUGGCGAACCCGGAGUGCCUGGAACGCCUGGACCACCUGGACGAAACGGUGGACCAGGAACGGAUGCACACUACUGUCCUUGCCCUGGUAGGGCUCCAGGCGGAGCAGCCCGUGAGCGUGCCGCACACAAGAAGAUCAAGGCCUAA